CGAGGAGUAUUGGCGUUUGCACCUCCUCUUCCCCUCCUCCCUCCCUCCCUUUCGCCCAGAAAGGAGGACGGACCUAGUUCCAGGCUGCGGGCUGGUUUAUUCUGCGGCCGAGGAUUAUAUGAAUAUACAAACCAUCUCACUCUUCGCCAGAUUUUCCAGCCAGGCACAGGCAGAGGAGGGCUGCUUUCCAGAUUACCGUUUUUAAAUUGCACCUGCCUUUGAGAGCACCUCUGGGAAUCGGUGGGAGGAGCCGAAAGGGUGGAAAAUGUUGCUUCGCUUUGCAAAAGGAAGAAAACUUUGUCACCCAGCGGGAGACCUCCGCCACGCGUAACCCGGCGAGAGACCAGAACCAGGACAGCCUUUGGCUUUGAUUUUGCAUCCGAUGAGCUCGUAGGAGGAAGAGGACACGUGAACUCAGCGCUCCCGCCGAUAGCCACCCCUGCUGCGUGGCGGCGGCCCGAGAUACCUGCACCACCUUCCCUUCCCGCGGAAGUCCCCACGCGGUGUCUUCAGGGUGGAAGAGCAGUGAUACAGGGCGCGUGGCUCGAGGGCGACGGCAGGAGCCAGGCUGGGAAGGAGAGGACUGAAUUUCAGCAACGAGUCACCCGGAAUUAACUUCUGCUUAAAGUUAUGGGAAGCGCGGCCAUGGACACCAAGAAGAAGAAAGAUGUUUCCAGCCCUGGCGGCGGGAGCAGCAGCAAGAAAAAUACCAGCCAGAAGAGGCGUUCGCUGCGAGUGCACAUUCCGGACCUGAGUUCCUUUGCCAUGCCGCUCCUGGAUGGAGACCUGGAGAGUGCAGAAAAGCAUUCUUCUCGCAAGGUGGACAGCCCCUUCAGCUCGGGCAGCCCCUCCAAGGGCUUCUUCUCCAGAGGCCCCCAGCCCCGGCCCUCCAGCCCCGUGUCUGCUCCCGUGAGGCCCAAGACCAGCCCCGGCUCCCCCAAAACCGUGUUCCCGUUCUCCUACCAGGAGUCCCCGCCACGCUCCCCACGCCGCAUGAGCUUCAGCGGGAUCUUCCGCUCCUCAUCCAAAGAAUCCUCCCCCAGCUCCAACCCGUCCACCUCGCCCGGGGGCAUCAAGCUCUUCUCCCGCUCCAGAAAAAGCCUCUCUUCCUCUCCGUCGACACCGACCCAAGUGGUCAAGCAGCACACGUUUCCUCUUGAGUCCUACAAGCAAGAGCCCGAGCGACUGGAAAACCGCAUCUAUGCCUCGUCUUCCCCUCCAGACACAGGCCAGAGGUUCUGCCCAUCCUCCUUCCAGAGUUCGGCCAGGCCUCCGUCAGCGUCGCCGACACACCAUACUCCCCCCAGGACCGCGGCGCUGGCGGCGGCCCCGGGACCCGCGGAAGCCGGCAUGCUGGAGAAAUUCGAGUUGGAAGAAGAAGCAGAAGACUCAGAAAGUGGCGUUUACAUGCGAUUCAUGAGGUCACACAAGUGUUACGACAUCGUUCCAACCAGCUCCAAGCUUGUUGUCUUUGAUACCACGUUGCAAGUUAAAAAGGCCUUCUUUGCCUUGGUAGCCAAUGGUGUUCGAGCAGCGCCUCUGUGGGAGAGUAAAAAACAAAGUUUUGUAGGAAUGCUGACGAUUACAGAUUUCAUUAAUAUACUGCAUAGAUACUAUAAAUCGCCCAUGGUACAGAUUUAUGAAUUAGAGGAACAUAAGAUUGAAACAUGGAGGGAGCUUUAUUUACAAGAAACAUUUAAGCCUUUAGUGAAUAUAUCUCCAGAUGCAAGCCUCUUCGAUGCUGUGCACUCGUUGAUCAAAAAUAAAAUCCACAGAUUGCCAGUUAUUGACCCCGUCAGUGGGAAUGCCCUUUAUAUACUUACCCACAAAAGAAUCCUCAAGUUCCUCCAGCUUUUUAUGUCUGACAUGCCAAAGCCUGCCUUCAUGAAGCAGAACCUGGACGCGCUGGGCAUCGGGACCUACGACAACAUCGCCUUCAUACACCCGGACACGCCCAUCAUCAGAGCCUUGAACGUCUUCGUGGAAAGGCGGGUGUCGGCCUUGCCCGUGGUGGACGAGUCAGGAAAAGUUGUAGAUAUUUAUUCCAAAUUUGAUGUAAUUAACCUUGCUGCUGAGAAAACAUACAACAACCUAGACAUCACGGUGACCCAGGCCCUUCAGCACCGGUCGCAGUAUUUCGAAGGCGUUGUCAAGUGCAGUAAGCUGGAGAUCCUGGAGACCAUCGUGGACAGGAUAGUGAGGGCCGAGGUCCAUCGGCUGGUGGUAGUAAAUGAAGCAGAUAGUAUCGUGGGUAUUAUUUCCCUGUCGGACAUUCUGCAAGCCCUGAUCCUCACCCCCGCAGGUGCCAAACAGAAAGAGACGGAAACCGAAUGACAGCCAUGAGUGCGGGAGCCUUCGCAGGAGAACUUGAACAAGAUCCUGGGUCACGCUUUGCCUCAUGAACACUGACCGCGAAAGAACAGAGGAAAACGGCUGAGAAUGUGUAUCCGGGUUUAGUGAUGGGUAUUUUUUCCAGUGAUGUUGAAACUAAGCAUAUAAAAAAGAAAGAUUUUAUGUGUCUGAAGAUUCAAGCUCACAUUAAAAGACUGUUUUCAGACCACGGUCUGAAAGAUCUCAAUGCUGUAUGUUAUUAAAGUGCACUGUGUCCUGAAUUUUUAUUGUUUUUCAUUUUAAAGAAUUCACUGGUAUCUAGCAGGUGAUAUGGCAUAAGGCAAGCGUGUGGCACAUUCAGAUCCAGUGCCUUAUGUCCAGCAGCGACAGGUCUUCCCUACCGCCUGUCGCAGCUUGUGAAGUGAUACUGCUGGAGUGGGAACGUCUUUGAACCUUUACCAAAUCAGUUUGUUUCAUUAGAUUUGUUGAACAGCUGUAAUUUGAAUAUGAAUACUUACUUUAUAAAACUUUAAUGAUGGUUUUAUGUUUAAGUGUUCCGUUCUGAACUACAGUGUAAAUGACUGAUCUACAACAGCUUUAUUUAUUUUUACUUUCGUGCAGUUUUUUUACACCUUUUGGUGGGUAAACUUCCCCAUGCCCAUUAAUAAAGCAUUGGUUUAUUAAUUUUAAAAGGGCAAAUUUCUCAUUAUUUAAGUUUGGACCUGGAAAGGAUAUGACUUCUCAAAGAGCCACUGCUAGGCUUUAAAAGCUGAAGUUUCUAACAGCACGAGUGAGAGCCUGCUCUGCAGGGCUGCAGACCAAGUGCCGGGAAGAUGUCUAUUUUUUCUUGUGUUUUUACAUGAAAAUCAUGAUGUUUGUGUGACUGCUGAUGCGAUUGUUUUGUAAAUUGUACUGUGGCAUAUACAGUAUUGUCAUACAGUUGAGGAGAAACACAAUGUUUCCUAAUGUAAGUGCUCUGAAAAUGUUGACACUGUAUAUAUAUAUAUGAGUAUAGUUUGGUUUUUUGUUUUUGGGGGUUUUUUGCAGAAUGAAAAAUUAAAAUAAAUCUUACUAUCGGCCAUCUUGUUAAAGAAAUUCUUUAAUAUUUGCUGCAAUACAGUGUAUUCUACA